AUGUCCAACAACAGGAGUGAUAAUCAUCAGACGGUCCCGCUUUCGGUGCUGCUGAAGCGAGAAUUGGCCAAUGAGAAGAUUGAGAGGCCCGAGAUUAUAUAUGGUCAGGCUAGUCAGAGCAAGAAAGGGGAGGAUUUCACUAUGGUGAAGACGGAUUGUCAAAGAGUUGUGGGGGAUGGAGUUUCUACCUAUUCAGUUUUUGCGCUAUUUGAUGGGCAUAACGGGUCUGCAGCCGCUAUAUACUCCAAGGAAAAUCUUCUGAGCAAUAUUUUAGCUGCUAUUCCUUCAGAUCUUAACAGAGAUGAAUGGAUUGCAGCUUUGCCAAGGUCAUUGGUAGCAGGCUUUGUCAAGACAGACAAAGAGUUCCAAGAGAAAGCUCAAACGUCAGGAACCACUGUCACCUUUGUAAUUAUAGAGGGAUGGGUAAUAUCUGUUGCAUCCGUUGGUGAUUCUCGUUGCAUUGUUGAACCUGCCGAAGGUGGAGUUUAUUAUUUAUCAGCAGAUCAUAGGCUUGAAUGCAGCGAGGACGAGAGACUGCGUAUCACUUCAAGUGGUGGUGAGGUUGGUAGGCUUAAUACUGGCGGCGGGGCAGAGAUUGGUCCAUUGAGGUGUUGGCCUGGUGGCUUGUGCCUUUCGAGAUCCAUUGGUGAUAUGGAUGUGGGAGAGUUCAUUGUUCCUGUUCCUUAUGUAAAGCAAAUGAAGUUGUCUACUGCUGGUGGUAGGCUGAUCAUAUCAAGUGAUGGUGUAUGGGAUGCUCUGUCUGCAGAAGAAGCUCUUGACUGUUGUCGUGGGAUGCCUCCAGAUGCUGCAGCUGCCCAAAUAGUCAAGGAUGCUGUUGGGGCAAAGGGACUGCGGGAUGAUACAACCUGUAUUGUGAUUGACAUUUUACCACAGGAGAAGCCAGCAGCUCCAUUGGCGCAACCAAAGAGGCAAGGAGGAAAAGGAGUUUUUAAGUCCAUGUUUAAGAAAAAGCCUUGUGAAUCAUCUUCUAGUGUUGAACAAGAAUAUAUUGAACCAGACACGGUGGAGGAAAUAUAUGAGGAAGGUUCUGCUUCUCUUUCCGAAAGGUUAGAUUCAAAGUACCCACUCUGCAACAUGUUUAAGCUCUUUAUGUGUGCUGUUUGUCAAGUUGAAAUCAAACCAGGAGAGGGUAUUUCAAUACAUUCCGGCUCAACCUCUAACCCAGAAAAAUUGCGACCUUGGGAUGGCCCCUUCCUUUGCACUAGUUGUCAAGAGAAGAGAGAGGCUAUGGAAGGGAAAAGACCAUCAGGAAAUCGACGUGACAGCGAUAGUGAUUAGCCAACCGUCUUCACCUUUAUUUGCAGUUUGAGAGCACUAACAAUUACUUGGAAGUUGUUCAUGAGUAGGAACGUGGUGCUUCUCUUGAUACUAGUUCCCUUCAACUUCUCAUGGGAAUUUACACAGCAAGAUCGAUUUGGGCACCCAACUUAGGAACCUAUGUGGACCUCUCUCAUUUUUUAAUGUUUCAAGUCAGAAGAUUCCAGUUAGAGCUUUCUUUAAGAUCUGUUUUCUGACUUCAGAGUGACGUAAACAGUGACUGCUUUCCCUUAUAAUGGGUUGUGAAGAGGCUGGAUGAACUUGCUUGUUCAUGACAAUGCGUUGGAGGUAAAUUUUUUCUCUGGAUUGAUACCCUUCUAUUUUACAGAGCUAACAAUGCAUGACAGCAAGCUUCAGUGUAAUAUUAUAAUAUAGGUGAAAUUGAUGAGACCCAAGACAGAUUCAUUACACAUUAGGAAAAAAAUUCCCUCUUUUGUCAGCUUUACUGUAUGAAUUUGUUCUAGUAGUUAUCCUUCCUGCACAAUUAGGGAAGAUAACUCUUUAAUAGAAAGAUUGACAUUUAUUUUUAAUUCUAUUUAUUUUCCUUUUCUUUAUUUGGAUGUCUUUUUUCUCUUUUGUGAGAAUCUAGUACUUCAGUUCCCUUGCUGCAGAGUUGACUGAUUUAUCUAUUUGCUACAAUUAUUCAUGCCACUCAUAAUGAAAUGUAAAAUGGUUGCUGUAGUUGUAAGUUUUAAAUGAAAGAAAAGGGU